CCUCGCUGAUCCUCCUCCUAUUUCUCUCAACUUGAACUUAAACAUACGGAAGAAAUCGGCUCCUGCAACGAAGUCCACAGAAAAUGUCUGCGAAUGAAAUCCCUGACGAACUUUGGAGGAACAUUCUGGAAAUCGGGACUAAGAACUCCGUCCUCACCCACAAAGACCUCUGCUGCCUCUCCAUCUCCUGCAGGCGCCUUCGUCGCUUAUCCGGCGAGAACUCCCUCUGGUCUCACUUGCUCUCCUCUGAUUUCCCCAAUCCAAUCUCGCAACCUUCAUCAUCGUCGGCAUCAGCUAAAUCGCUCUACAAAACCAGGUUUGAGAGAGAAAGGAAGCAGAAGUUAUUGGCGCACAGAAGGACAGUGUUGAGGAAGCAGAGCCAAAUCGCGGAGCAUUCAAGGAAGCUUCGAGAAAUUGAGGCUCGUGGGAGAGAAGAGAGGGAAAAAUUGAAAUCUACGGUUGCCGAAUUGUUGAAUUUACAUAAGGUCAGUUCUCAUGGAUGGGAUCUUUGGUUAAAUUGCUUUAGGCAAGCUUCAGUAGCUUUGAAUGUGUGGCAGCCAGAUAUUGUUCGUGGCAGGCAAAAGCAAAUAGUGGAACAGUGUGCUGUUCCAGUUGAAUCUCGAGUUCAUGCACUUGAAAUGGAAGUUAAACUCUGCAAGAAACAAAUUGCUGUUCUUGAUAAGGCAUAUAGAGAUGAAAGACAAAGGCUUGAUACUGCAAAUGAAGAGUUGGGAUCCGUGAUGUAUCAUCCUUUACGAGAAUAUAAGCUGAGAAGUGGUGAGGACAAUGAGAAUAAGGCAAAGAAGAGGAAGUUGAAAACUUCUAUGAAUUUUCCUGCUAAUCAAGGCAAAACAACAUAAUUUUGCGGUUUAGCUGGAUUGACUUGCUGGUCUUGCCAGUUUCAAUCUCUUGUUGUGCACCAUUAAAGUUGGAGAUGCCAGUCACUCUAAAUUUAGGUAUUUUGAAGCUUAGAGCGACAGAAUGGUCAGUCUGUGGCUCUAGUACAACAAUUUUCAUGAGUGGAAGGUGAUCUUGACAGGUUGUUCCAAAAAUCAAUGUAGAAUCUGGUGUUUUAGUUUAUAAUCUUUUCAUUAUGUAUCAAACUUGAAAUAAACAAUCAAAAGCACCUGAGAUCCUUGUACUAUAGUAGCCCUUUUUACUACCAAUGGUAUCUGCCAGAGCCAUGUUUCUGUAUCAACUCUGUUGUUGAAAAUUGUUCAGAAAUUUUAUUCCUUGUAGAUUUGUGUAAUGCUUGGAGCAUGUUAUUGGAAAGUCGGUAAUUACAAUUAAGCCUAUAAUAACGUAAAUGCUUUGUG